AUGAAUUUCCAGAUCCGUGCCUGCGUCCUCUUGGCUCUUGCCACCAGCGCUUUCGCUGGCUACGCCGGUUAUGGCCUCGGUUACGGCCAUGGCUACGGUCUUGGCUACGGCUACGGUGGUCUCGGAUACGGCUAUGGUCUCGGCUACGCCGGCUACGCUCCAGCUGUGCACACUGUCGCUCACGCUGCCCCAGCCGUCGCCACCGUCGCCCACGCUCCAGUCGCCACUUACGCUGCUGCUCGUGUUGUUGCCGCUGCUCCAGCCGUGACCAGGGUUGCUACCACCUACCGCGCCCCAGUCGCCACUUACGCCGCUGCUCCAGCGGUUGCCACCUAUGCUGCUGCUCCAGUUGCCGCCUACCACGCCGCCCCAGCUGUUGCCACUUAUGCCGCUGCUCCCGCUGUCGCAACCUACGCUGCUGCUCCAGCUGUGACCAAGGUUGCUACCACCUACCACGCCCCAGCUGUUGCCACCGUGGCUCACGCUCCAGUCGCCAGCUACGCUGUGGCCGCCCCAGCCGUGGCCACCUACGCUGCUGCUCCAGCUGUUGCCACCACCACCGUCCACCACGCCCCAGCAGUGGCCACUGUUGCCCACGCUGCUCCAGCUGUCGCUGCCUACCACGCCGCUCCAGUCUACAACUACGGUGUCGGAACCCUUGGUUACGGCGUUGGCCACUACGGCUACGGUCAUGGUCUCCUUGGCUACGGCCUGAACUACGGUUAUGGUCUUGGCUCUCCCUACCACUACGGUGCCCUCCUCCGCAAGAAGAAGUGUGAGUAG